GUCUUUCCUUGAAGCUUUCUCUUCCGUCUCUCCAUCUCUCCAUCUCCCCAUCUCUCGCCCCACUGAACCCGCAAUCUCCUUCCAUUCAUCAUGGCCCCCCCAGAGAGCACUCAUUUCGAGACUCUGCAGCUUCACGCUGGUCAGGAGCCAGACCCUGCCACCAACGCACGAGCUGUGCCCAUCUAUGCCACCACGAGCUUCACUUUCAAUGACUCCGCCCACGGCGCCAGGCUGUUUGGCCUCCAGGAGUCUGGAAACAUCUACAGCCGGAUCAUGAAUCCCACUGUCGAUGUCUUCGAGAAGCGAUUGGCGGCCCUGGAGGGUGGAGCCGCCGCUGUCGCAGCAAGUUCUGGUCAGGCGGCCCAGUUCAUGGCCAUUGCAGCAUUGGCACAUGCCGGGGACAAUAUCGUCUCAACGACCAACCUCUACGGCGGAACCUACAACCAAUUGAAAGUCUUCCUCCCGAGACUGGGCGUCGAGACCAAGUUCGUGAAUGGAGACAAGGCAGAGGAUUUCGCGGCAGCAAUUGACGAGAAGACCAAGGCUGUAUACAUUGAAAGCAUUGGGAACCCAAAGUACAACAUCCCAGACUUUGAGGCAAUUGCUAAGGUAGCACAUGAACAUGGCGUUCCACUUGUUGACAACACUUUCGGAGCUGGUGGAUACUUCGUUCGUCCCAUCGACCACGGUGCCGAUAUUGUCGUUCAUUCAGCCACGAAAUGGAUUGGUGGUCAUGGUACAACAAUUGGAGGUGUGGUCAUUGAUGCAGGGAAGUUCGACUGGGGCAAGCAUGGCAAGCGAUUUCCGCAGUUCGUCGAGCCGUCUCCAGGCUACCAUGGAUUGAAAUUCUGGGAGGCAGUUGGUCCAAUCGCAUUCGCUGUUCGGGUCCGAGUCGAGGUUCUUCGUGAUUUAGGAAGAAGCACUCUCAACCCAUUCGCUGCCUUCCAACUCAUUCAAGGUAUCGAGACGCUGAGCUUGCGUGCCGAGCGUCAUGCACAGAAUGCCCUGACCUUGGCUCGAUGGCUCGAGAAGAACCCCCAUGUCUCUUGGGUUUCGUAUCCUGGCCUCGAGAGCCAUCCUUCUCAUGAACUUGCUAAGCGAUACCUCAAAAGGGGAUUUGGCGGUGUUCUAAGCUUCGGUGUAAAGGGUGGCGGAGCUGCUGGUAGCCAGGUUGUUGAUGGCUUCAAGUUAAUUUCCAACCUGGCCAAUGUUGGUGAUUCCAAGACACUCGCCAUUCACCCAUGGUCUACCACCCAUGAGCAGCUGACCGAAGAAGAGAGGAUUGCUUCCGGUGUUACUGAGGAUCUCAUCCGUAUCUCCGUCGGCACAGAAUACAUUGACGAUAUCAUCGCCGAUUUCGAACAGUCGUUCAAAGCAGCGGCGGCAGCGAAGACCACCGGCGGGGAGGAGAAGAACGUGGUAGUUACAGGCAGCUCUGAUGCAGAUGCCAAACUGGUUGUCUAAUCUCGUUUUGUCGUAUUCUGAUUCGAAAGUUUCAUCACUAUACCACUUCUGCGGCAUCCAAAAUUCAUGGGGAUGGCUCGAUUGAUAUUUGAGGCGC